AUGGUCCAAUCCACACCUCGGAGAUCAGAGUCUGGAUUAAAGAACUGCUCCUCCUCCUCCCCCUCUCCCUCCUCACCUCCCUCUCCUCACUUCCUACUCAUCUUCACCUCCUCCUUACCUCCUCCAACCCCUAACCUCCUCCUCACCUUUUCUUCCUCCCCCUCCUCUCCUUUUUCAUCUCCUCCUUUCCUCCACCUCACCUCCAACUCCCUCUCCUCACCUCCUCCUCAUCUCCACCUCCUUCUCAACUCCUCACCCUGUUCCCCUCCUCCUCACCUCCACCUCCUCCCUCUCCUCACCUCCACUCUGCCACCGCCGCUGAUUAAGUAUUGA